AUGGAUACACAAGCCUGGUCUGAUAAAGUAUUAACCUCCGAAUAUUUGGAUUGGUAUUCCAAAUUAACUGAUUUGCCAACCACCAUAUCAGAUAAACUUCGUUCCAAGUUAUAUACAAGGUAUAAGAAAAAAACCGGGCUUGAUCCCUGGAUGAAUGCCAAAACCUCUGAAUCUUCACAAAUCGAAAAGACUGAUAAUUACCUUUCACAAGAUUGUGUUAUCAAAAUUUCUAAGUUUCCAGAAGAAAAAAGCACAAUCCAUGAAGCAGUACAUAAACGCUUCCCUUUCUUGACAUAUACUAAUUCAAAUGCAUGGCAUCGGGAUGUAUUUAAAUAUACCAAUUCAGAAGCCAAAUGCCCGAUAUGUAAAGAGAUACAUACACGUUUAGGUAUAUGGGGUGAUUGGAGUUUAAAUGUACCAAACAAAACCCGCCUUUAUCAGCCAGAGGCAGGCUUACGCCAAUAUGCCAUCGAGCAUAAAAUGAAUCCUGAGAAAUUUUCAGUUAUUACAGAAGCUGAGAAAACUAGGUGGACCAUGGGAUGUUUUCGUGGGGAUUUGGAAAGAGAUAUACGGUUCUAUCAAGGCGGAAUCGAGAGGAAUGAAGAUACCAGAAAAUAUCACAAAUUUUUAACAGAUCGGGAUAGGCUGGUCGGUGAAGAGUUAUUACGUCGUAGUAUACUAAAGAGUGGUUUAAGUACUGCAUGGCUUGACGAUCUGAUGAAAGAAUGGGAAGAAAUCCAUACUCGAUUUACACAAAUUUUUAGCCAGUCCUAG